AUGGCCUUUGAUCUAACUCCUUUACAGAAGGAAGUUAUUGCAGGUUUAGCAACUGGUUCAAUAACAACGUUGGUGGUCCACCCAUUAGACCUGGUUAAGAUCAGACUACAACUACUAGCUACAAAUGCGAAUAAUCUGGGCUACAGUUAUGUUAUAGGUUCCAUAUUGAAAGGAGGACAGGGGAAGAGUCUACAGAUAGUUAAAGAAGCGUACCGUGGUUUAGGGAUCAAUUGGUUUGGUAAUGCAACGGCUUGGGCACUUUAUUUUGGACUUUACAGAGUGAGCAAGGACUUAGCAUACAGACUUUAUACGCCAGGAGCCGAGGCAGGUCAGGAUGAAUUGAGGAAAGAUGCCAAAUUGACGCCCUUGAUGUAUUUAUCCUCAGGUGCCAUCAGUGGGGCACUAACUUCCAUUCUUACCAAUCCUAUAUGGGUUAUAAAGACAAGAAUAAUGUCCACAAAUAGUCGUGAGAAAAGUUCAUAUAAAUCAACCUUAGAUGGUAUUCAGAAGUUACUACGAGAAGAAGGAGCUCGUGGACUAUGGAGAGGGCUGAUACCGUCUUUAUUCGGAGUUUCUCAAGGUGCAAUAUAUUUUAUGAUGUAUGACACUUUGAAGCACCGAUUCAGCUCGCUAAGACAUUAUGAGGGAAAGGUUAAUCAAGAUAAGAAUUUGAAAAUUACAGAAACAUUUGUUAUUUCAUCGAUAAGUAAAGUUGUUUCUGUAACAGCUGUUUAUCCAUUUCAAUUAUUGAAAUCUAAUUUACAAAGUUUUGAGGCUCAACGGAAACAGUACACUUUCUCGAAACUAAUACGAUCUAUAUUCGAAGCUGAAGGUACAAUGGGAUUUUACAAAGGUUUAUCAGCAAACCUCUUACGUGCAAUACCUUCUACUUGCAUAACGUUUUGUAUAUACGAGAAUCUGAAAAACUGCAUAUAA